GUUGGAAAGUAACAGCAACAGUUGUGCAGCCCGCGUCGACGUCGGCAGAGCGAUUAGUCAACUGGAAACAUGGUUGCCGAGAGCAACAACAACUGGCUCGCUCAAUAACAGAACAGCCAAAGAAGAAGAACAAACGCUGAAAAUGUUGAGCGGGGAAAAAGAAUAAAUGUUUUUAAUUUGCCUAAAUAGUCUGCCCGUGAAAAGUGUUUAAUUGGACCCCUAAUCCCAGGCGGAUAUCAACCAUCCGGCGUGCAGGAGCUGCUCAUUCAAGAUUUACAAGCCAUGGAAUUCGGUUUGAGAAGCGGACACCGCCCAUUUCGGAUUUGGCUUUCCAGCUGCCUCGUGGCCAUGUGCUUGUGCCUUCCAGGAGGAGCACCUGCCCCACAGGAAGCAUCUUCCUACUACUACGUGGGCUGCUAUACGGCGCGAACGGACCUGUUUUACGAAUCCGUGUACGCCAAAACGCCGCAGACCUGCAUCGAAAUCUGCGAGCAUCAGGAACACCCCUACGCCGUUUUGUCCGGCGAAAAGUGCUUCUGUGCGAAUCUCCUGGAGCCGAUGCACCUGCAGGACGAGCAGCUCUGCAACACCCGCUGUGUGGCUAACAAAGCGCAGUAUUGCGGAGGCGUCGGUGUACACUCGUACUACUCCACCACGGUGACCAAACAGCCGGCGCCUCAUCAUCUGAGGAUAUCCAACAGAACGGAGAACAGCCUGACCCUCAAGUGGGAUGCCUACGAGGCCAGUAAACUGCUCCUGGCCGGCGGCGCAGAGGCAGUGCUGCCCAACCAGCUGCUGGAAAAAUUCCUGAUUCAGGCUCAAGUUAUAAAGACCUACUCCUCGCUGCCCCCCUUCCCGCUGCCAGAGCUCAUUGUGCAGAGCACGGAAACGGAGGUCGAGCUGACGGAUCUGCAUCCUGCCACUCUGUAUAACAUCACCGUGAGGGCCAAGUGUCGGGGACCGCAAACUGUACUAACAGAGUGCGGCCAGGCCUCCUUAGAGGCCCACACAGAGGUGGGUCAGCCAAGUCCCGCUCCACCGCCGCCCAAAAUCCUCAGCCGCACCGAUCGCACCAUCACCAUAGAGCUAUCGCCCAUUCGCAAUGACAAUGGACCACUGAGUAAACUACUUGUCAUUGUGGAGUAUGUAGACGAUGCGCUGAGUCAGCCAUUCGAUUCACAGCUCCUGGGCAGCUGGCUGCAGGCGCAGCAGGACGGAGUGCCUUACUACAUAGCCGCCGAGUUGGACUACGAUCGUCCGGAGGACAACCGCAAACGGCAAUUUGUGGUGGGCGAUGGCAAGCUCUAUGGCCGAUUCAGCAAUAAGCCGCUAGACCAGCCAAACGCACAUGUGCAUAUAAGUCUGGGAGUGGUAAGCACCCUCGAGGGCGUCACCAAAACGAUGUACAGUCGUGGAACCCACGAUCAGCAUGUGACUUCCCUGGACGACUUUAGCUACGCCACCUUCGAGAAGGGUCAAUCCUCAGUGGUAGCACUGGCAGUGACCUGCGUGAUCUUCGGCACCUGCCUCUUGAUCAGCCUGAUCGCCUACUUCUAUCUGCGCUAUAAAACUUGCCGAGGACGAAGAUUAACCGGAGGCAAUACCCAUGAGAUGACGCUGCAGACGCCAAUCAUCGAAAGGGAAAACAAUGGUUUCCUGGUUGAGGACGAUCCACCGCCUCACUCGCUGGAAAACUUUAAGCAGCAGUUGCAACUCUUGGUGGAGGGAUUUGAGCGGAUACCGAGGAAUGCACUUCGGCUGAACGUCAACGAUGUGGUCGGAGAUGGACUCUUUGGCGAAAUUAUAACUGGAAAGGUGUCGACUAACGAUUUUGCAAGAGAUUGUACUCUGCACGUGCUCUGCCUGGAUGAUCUGAAUGGAAGUACUCAGGCCCAGUUGCUGCGGGAACUUCGUCAGAUAUGCCACUUAAAGCGACAGGAGCACGUACUGGAUUUCUAUGGAGUGUCUGCAAGUCCAGAUUGGUUUUACUUAAUCUUCGAGCAGCAGCGAGUAAGUCUCAAGAGAAGAUUGGUGGAGAGUCGUCUGAUGGCACCUUCGCCACGCCUCACAUCGCUCUCCGAGCAGAUGGUGCUGCAGUGGAUCUACGAGCUGGCCAGUGCCAUGUCAUAUCUAUCCAGCUGCCAAGUGGUGCACCGGCAGCUCUGUUCGCACAGUGUCUUCGUGACCGGCGACUCCAGGCUGAAGCUUAGCGUCUUUGGACCGCUGCAUUAUAUGUCACCCAAUCGCCAGCAGCCGGAUCAGAGUAGAUGGCUAGCUCCAGAGGUCUUGCGCCACCAGCAUCAGCACUCCUCCCGCUCCGAUGUGUGGUCACUGGCCUGCGUGGCCUGGGAAUGCUGCUCCCUGGGCGGAACUCCAUAUGCCAAUGCAGUGGGCAGCAACCAGCAGCUUCUCGAGGCCCUCCGGGCUGCAGUUCGUCCCGCACAGCCCGCCUACGUGUUCGGGGAUCUCUACCAGCUGCUGCUCAACUGCUGGCAGCUGGAGCCGAGCGAGCGGAGCAGCUGCGAGGACGUGGCCUUCGGAGUGCGUCAGCUUAUGACCUCACCACGGCAUGCCCUCAGCUUCGAUCGAGUGGCGGGCGGACUGGACACCCUGCCCCCGUACCUGCCGCAGCUGGAAACGAUUGCGCUUCUGCACUGAGGUGCAGCCGGAUAGAAUAAUUAACUUUAGUCGGUAGUGACUCAUUCCAGCUUAGAGAAAAUAUCUCUUAGUAUUAAAUUCAGUUUUGUUCUUAGAUAAGUUUACAAUUGAUUAGUAAUGAGAUUCUGGCUAAGAGAAAUACAGCUUGAAAAUCAUUUGUUGUAUAAUUUACAGCCGGUAUUGAUUGAAUAAAAUCGUUAAACUUUAAGUAAUGUCUUGAAUUCUUCUUUAAUAAUAUUAAUAAGUAAACAGCUAAGAAGUUUGUGACUAAGCGGGUAGCAAACAAACCUAAUAUUAGGAUAUUUUUAAUAAAAAUCUUAUAAUGACAUCAAGGGAUGUCUCUUUAAAAUUUAUCAUUUAACUCUCCUAGUUUGAAAUCACUAUAAGUCAAAUUACGUAGGUAUAACAACAACAUAAAGUAUAAGUAAUCAGUUUUUACUCCAAGCACUUUAUUAGUUGCACUGUUUUUAGAUAGUGGUUAGAGCUGUAUUAGCCCGACACUAGUAUACAAUAUUUUGUUUUCAUAAUAGAAAUUAG